UUGUGAAUAUAAAGUUAAUUUGACUCACUCCGAAAACAACUCCCGGUGCGAUGGCAUCGCGCAAAGCAGCAGUAUACGUGUUCCUAUUAUUAUACCUUAAUACCAUCAAUAGUUCUAGUGCCUACAAAGUAAUAAAUAAAACCAAUUAUGAAUUACAAUGUGAAGAAAACACGUGCGUGCCGAAAUGUUGCCCUGAGGGAUACGUAGCAAAUCUUCGUAAAAAAUGUACGUAUUAUCCGAAUAAAACUCUGGAUUUUUCUGGAUUGAAAGUAUACGAUAUUGAUUUGACAAGAACAGUAUCGAAUAAGGAAAUACUUAUCAUGCCAACAAUGUUCGAAAACGAGACGUUCAAGAAUGGCGCAAUAAGCUUGACCUAUUUUGCAUUUAAUACAUACUUAACCGAGGCAGGCUUCCUUUACUUAGAAUCACCAAACUCAUUUACAAGAUGGUUUAAAAGAGAUAGCAAUCAAUUUUGCGUAGAUUACGCAUUGAAACGAAAUAAAGAACCAGUGCUAAAGUUUUGGGCUUCCGUCGAAGACUUUCAGGAACCCGACGAACUCAGUUCCAUGUUCGCGCAGUGGAUAAUAUGUAUUUGCCUUUUAAUGGUUUUAAUUGUGUUUCCUUCGGUGCCGGCAAACAGAAACUUCAAUGGGAUAAUGUUACUACAUGUUAUCUUCAGUUUAUUUAUAGUAUUCGUGCUUUUCAAGAUCAUGAAUCUUAUGGCUAUGUAUGAAAAUAGUUGCCUUAUAUUCACAUUCUCCAUGUACUUUUUCUACAUUGCGAGCUUUUGCUGGAUUAACGUGAUGGCCUACAAUACGUGGCGAACAUUCAGGGAUUACGUCGAAAUGCAAUCCGCUCGCCACACUAAUGGAAUUCGGAAGAUGGUGGUAUAUAGUGCAUACGCGUGGGGGUUGCCUUUAGUCUUGACAAUCUGCAUCGCAGUGGUGAACUCUCUCGACCUACGAGAUACCAUGCCUUGGUUCAUCCAACCAAAUGUACCAAAACAUGGGUGCUUUAUCGAAGGCGGCGAGAAAUUACUAUACCUGUUAGUGCCGGUUUUCAUUUUAUUACUGGUCAGUUUAAUAUUUUAUCUGUUGACCACUCGGUGCAUAUCCGGGAUAAAGCAAUGGACGGUCCAGAAACCACAGCCGGAGGAUAUUACUUACCAGUUUCAAAACGAUUACAAUUGGUUUAAGGUGCAAGUGGCAAUGUUCAUCGCGAUGGUAAUUCAUUGCCUGUUUGAGAUGGCAAGCUCGUUGACUACAAAUAUAUACAUCACGUACUUCUCUGUUAUCUAUGGCAUACUGUGGGGCCCUCUGUUAUUCUCCAUAUUCAUCAUCUAUUACUGUAUGUUAAGGAAACGAUCACCUAAUAUGUCGUAUCCGAGUCAGAAGAAAUCUCAGUACGAGCUACGAACAUUUGAGAAUGCUGCUACGACUUAAAAGCUUUCGAAGUAUCAAGAGGCGCAGCGUAAUUAGAAAACUAAAAUUAAAUUAUAAGCUUUUGAUCGUAACUUAAGUAAAUUGUAAUCACCAGAUGAUGGUGGUAGUAUGAUAUAUUUUAUAUUCGACCGGAUAGCGAUCACCGUACACGAGGUGUUCAAACCCACCAUAGCGGCACACGUAAGUGCGUCGCGUUCCGGGAUCAUCCUGUGUAUAUCCGGUUCCAACAGGCCGGCAUAAUUGUGUCGACUGCCGAGGGGUAAUCAUCUCUCGUCAGUCAACAUUCUAUUGGACCCCACGCCACUUACCAUCGGGUGCAGUGGGGUCCCUUUGCCUUACCAAAAAUAACAGCCUAAUACCAGAAAUGUGAAUACGCUAUAUAUUCAUUAUAUUUUUUUAAAUAAUUUAGUUUUAAGAACUCUACAUUUUGCCUAACUAAGCCUGGCAUAGCAACAGCAACAGAGUUGCGAUAGCCACGGAAUUUCACUAUGAAAUACUGCAAAUUUACCAACUUGUAAUACUAAUUACACCAGAUAAAAAUAUAUGCUAAAUUGGAAUAAUUAAUCUCAUAUUAUUUAAUGCACAACUCAUUGUCGGGAACAAUUACAUUCGGCAGGAAAUAUCUUAUUAUCUGUAUAUGACAAUUUAUUUAUAACUCCUGCUACCACAUUUUGUUUAGGUUUUAUAUGAUAUCAAUUCAGCUGGUUGAUUUGGUGUAGUCGUGUCGUUGUUCGUUCGUGUGUGUGUCAUUGUCAUCGAUAUACAUGGUCAUUGUGGUUUCCAUAACGAUGGAAAAUAAUAAGAACAAAAACGAUGGUAUUACUGUUAUACUGUUAUACCCAAAGAUAUUAAACUAUAUGCUUUAAAAGUUAGUACCAAUUGAUAAUAAGUCGCUGUCUUAUUUGAAUGUGUAUGAAUGUUGUAUGACAAGAUGUCGCAGCGUCCUUAGAUAUUAAUACAAAGAUAUUGUAUUUAUAGAUAACAUGCUAAUGUUCGCAUUAAAAACGUUCAAGUCAUGGAUAUGGACAAAAUAUGAAGUAUUUUACAUUGCUGUUUUGCUAUUUCACGGUAGAUUGAGUAACCAUCAAAUAAGCGCGAUAUUUUUGUAUGACAAUCUUUCCAAUGUCCUCUCUAUAUAAUCUUAGAACUCUUUAGUUAUACAAAAAAGCAUUUGUUAUACAGUCGAUGUAGCGUAAACUCUACUAAUAGUAAAUAAACUGCCCAGAUUAUAAAUUC